AUGAUCCGAACGGCUAGCAGGGUGAGAUUAGGGAACUUCGACCGGCUGGCACUGCGUGGGUUCCACGUGAGCGCGCACUUUUCCAACGAGGUGCUCGAAGGCCAGGGUCACAACCAGAAGAGCGAUGUGCCAGCAAGACAUCAUCUGUCAUCACGAAAGCGACUGCUGAAGAAGGGUCCCAAGUCUGGCAAAGCAGGGGGAAAGCCUGGCUACAAGCGUCCGUACCAUAUGAAUAAGGGCGACAACCAGAAUGAGGGAAGGAGCCAAGACAACCAGGCGUUCUUUGAGAAGAACGAUGGAGGAUCAAAGGGCAAGGGAGAGCACCGCAAGGGAGAGCAAAAGAACAGCAGCAACCACAAUAACAACUACAGCAACAGUAAUAACAGCAACAGCAAUCACAACGGUAACAACGGAAAAAAGGUGACCAAGGAUUCGCAAAGUGGAGCUAUGAAAGAUCGAGAGACUAUCAAGCAGGAGCUGGAGACUCGAUUCUGGCCUGAACCCAAGUUCACUCACAAGAAGGUGAAGCCUCUGAAGGCCCCAGAGCUUCCUUUGCUUGGCGAUACCAAGAUGUUAAGACACCUGAAGGUGCCUCCGUCAUAUGCAUUCCCUGUGAACACGAGGGACCAAAACAACGGCACUGUGCCCCGUAAGAAGGUGCCCGAGUACCUGAAGCCCGAAAAGGGCGUGGACCCCAAGAUGAACCUCACUUACAAUCCCUGGGAUCCGGACAUGAUUGUGGGAACCAUUUCCGAUAAGGACGUGCACCUGGAGGCAGUGGAGCAAGAUGGAGACAAGCCCAAUGUUCUUCCUCCUACCAUGAAGCAUGAGACAGACACUGUUUUAUUUAAAAACAGCACUGUCCAGACUGUCAGAGACGCUCGGACGGGAGUUUACAAUUUUCCCCAGUACGUGGAGGAUAUAGUGAGCACGGAUGAGUUGGAUAUGGAAGCUAUUUCAGGCUUUACACCCCCUUCCAAGGAUCAAACACUGACAAGAUUAGCCAAUGAUACAGGUGCAACUUAUUUUGGAUCUACAUCUACCCUGACUCCUCUUUUAGCGCAGUUCCACAACCUGCUGUCUAACUUCCGACCGGCCAACUUGCGUUCAACAAGUAAAUGGAUUGAAGAGCUCACUUCUAAGCCCACAAACGUGUACCGAUCUCCCCACGUUGCUGAGAUCCACCGACGAGGCAACUCGUUUGCCCUCGGUGUGGACAAGGUAGGUGACUAUGAGUCUCUACUGUCCAAGCUGGGACACUCUCUGGAGGCUUUCUUGACCCACACUCCGGAGGAAUACGAGUGCCUCAAGAAAAACCCAGACAUGAGCAAGGUGACGGAGGAGCAGGUCAAGGAAGUGCGAGGCCGGCUAGAUAACACAUACGCAUAUUCCAAAAUUUCCAAAUUUCUUACUCGUUCUCAGCUCGAUUGCUACGAUCCUAGAUUACCUGGAACGGGAACUUUUGAUCUCAAAACACGAGCAGUGGCUGGUACUCGGUACGACCAGGUGGAGGCAGAGAUGUGCCAUGGAACCGACUACUACGUGUACAGAAACGUUGGCCAGUACGAGUCGUUUGAGAGAGAGUACUUCGAUAUGGCUCGAACCGUGGCUCUCAAGUACUCUCUCCAGGCCCGAAUUGGUCGUAUGGACGGUAUUUAUGUUGCCUACCACAACAUGAAGCGAUUUUUUGGUUUCCAGUACUUUCCUCUGGCAGUGUUGGAUCAGCUGAACCAUACCGCAGCUAUGGGUGAGAAGGAGAACCUGGAGCAGGAUCCGAAGCUGUGGGGAGCUGAAAUAGCUAAGACUCAUAGCGUGGACGUUGGAUGUCCCGAUUACCGAGCUACUCGAGGUGUCAACCCUUAUGUUUGUGUCGUUGAAGAUGCAGUUGAGAGCCGAGCUUCUGCAAUUGCCGACAAGGAAUUCCGACUAUCUAUGGAGCUGAUUUCUCGUGUGCUGGACCAUACUAUUGGCAAGAUGACUGCUGAGGAGUUCGACAAGCACCAUCAACGAGUGGUUUUCUUUGCGGAUCCUAACCAGGCAGGCCGAAUGAUCAUUUGUGUUGGCUCGCACGACGCAGAUGAGGUGGCAUACAGCAACGCCAUGUCACACAAGUUCCACGCCCGACUGCUUAAGACGGACAUGCAGAAUCGCCAGAUGGACAAGUCGUUUAAGUACGAGUCGUGGCCCUGGAAGAUUGAGGAACCCAGAGAGUACGAGCUGCCCGAGGACCAGACCACAGACAUUGCCCAGAUUGCACUCGAGGAGAUGAAGAAGAUGGAGGACCGAUACUCGCCCGAGGAUCUUCUAGACGCCUGCAGAGAGAUGUGGAAGAAGUCGCUCAAGAACCUGCAGGUUUACGAGCUCCAUGUCAAGAACUACGUCAACCAAGAGCUUGUUCCAUUGAUCACAGACUCUAACAUUCAUCCUUCCCCUACCGACGAAACCGAGUGGAACGUACAGUAUCGACUGGUCAAGGUGUCGGGACCCGAAGUCAUGCUUAAGAAGACGUACAUCAAGUUGCUGGAGCGAAAGCUUCGAGUCACCCUCAACAAGAGAAGUGAUCUGAACGAGGAAGAGGAGACCGAUGUCAGUGAGUUCAGCAAGGUUCAGCGUAUGUAUAACAAGCGAGGUGCUGAGAAGCUGACCGAGAUCGACGCCAUUGCUGAAAAGCUGGGAAAUCCUGUUUCUCUCGGUGUUGGAAAGCGACACUGGCUGGAGUAUCCUGAAAAGAUUGAGGAGGUUGAGGAGGUUGUGGAGGGGAAAGCGAAUGAAACAGAGGAGGAGGUUAAGGUGACUGAAACCGAAAGGGUCUUAGCCUAG